AUUCCAAACCCGUUUGAGUAAAGCUCGGGCCCAUCAAAUUUGCAGAGCGAACGCAUAGGAACAACGACGAAGGGAUAGAGUGCUGUUCAUGGCUUCUCCCUCUCUCUCUCUAAAGUUUUCUCGCUCUACCCCCUCUCCAUUGUUUUCUCUCUCUAAUUCCUCAUUUUCUCUCCUCCCUCUACAUCUUGGACGAUGUCUCUCUCCAACACAAUCUCUUGCCAACUCUACUUUCUCUCUCUUCGGUUCCCCGAGUGUUCAUAACCCUAGACGACGAGCUUCAUGGAGUCAAUCAUGGAGGAGCUUGAAGAGGUUCAGGUGUGAAGCCGCACAGGCGGGGUUUUUCACCAAAUUAGGGCGUCUUUUGAAAGAGAAAGCAAAGAGCGAUGUUGAGAAGCUUUUCUCUGGUUUUUCGAAAACCAGAGACAAUCUGGCAGUUAUUGAUGAGCUUCUCUUGUACUGGAACUUGGCCGACACUGAUCGCGUCUUGGACGAACUUGAAGAGGCUUUACUGGUCUCUGAUUUUGGCCCAAAGAUCUCAAUUAAAAUUGUGGAAAGCUUGCGAGAGGAAAUAUUAGCAGGCAAGCUCAAAUCUGGAGAUGAGAUAAAGUCUGCUUUGAAGAGAUAUGUUCUUGAAUUGUUGACAAGCAAAGCCAACAAGUCAGACCUUCAGCUAGGAUUCAGACGACCAGCUGUAAUCAUGGUUGUGGGUGUAAAUGGAGGGGGUAAAACAACAUCUCUCGGAAAGCUUGCCCAUAGAUUAAAGAAUGAAGGUAUAAAGGUCCUAAUGGCAGCAGGUGAUACAUUUCGGGCUGCUGCUAGUGAUCAAUUGGAGGUAUGGGCAGAGAGGACAGGAUCAGAGAUAGUUGUAGGUGAAGGAGAGAAAGUUAAAGCAGCAUCAGUUUUAUCCCAGGCUGUUAAACGUGGAAAACAAGAAGGUUUUGAUGUGGUUCUAUGUGAUACAUCUGGGCGUUUGCACACUAACUACAGUCUAAUGGAAGAGUUGAGCGCAUGCAAGAGAGCUAUUAGCAAACUCAUUCCUGGUGCACCUAAUGAAGUCUUACUAGUACUGGAUGGAACAACUGGUUUGAAUAUGCUCCCUCAGGCAAGGGAAUUCAAUGAGGUGGUGGGGAUCACCGGUUUGAUCCUUACUAAACUUGAUGGCUCGGCUCGAGGGGGCUGUGUGGCGAGUGUUGUUGAUGAACUCGGAAUUCCAGUUAAAUUCGUUGGUGUUGGUGAGGGAGUUGAAGACCUGCAACCAUUUGAUGCUGAGGCGUUUGUGAAUGCAAUUUUCUCUUGAGUAAUCAAUCAUGGUGGUAUCGAGUAGGCCAUUAAAAUUGAAUCAGCUGGAUUGCUUUGGUUUCACCAAAAUGGAAAUCAAGCAAGAGUGGUUUCGUACUUGAAUUGGUAAGGGUGGAGAAUAGGUCAAGGUCACCGGAAGCUUGUUGAGAUAGCCAACUGGACAGUUUGUUUGCAGUCAUUUUUGUUCUUUUAUUUAUACUAGAUGUAACCCCACAAUUGUAUCUGACUCUAUGUAAAAUUAAGCUUAUUUGAUUGUUAUGUAAAAUUAAGCUCUUUUGUGUACAAAUAUUGUUUUGUUCUAAAUUAAUAUUAGGGUGCUUAAGAAGUCUGGGAAGGGGGUGUAACCAGCAACCACUCUUUUUAAUUCAGUUCCCAGUUGAGUUUCAAUGA